AAUAAAGGUGCUCCUCAACAUUCAACAGCGAGGAAACAUUAUAAAAAGAAUAGUGAAGCCAGCUCUGUUUUUUACGCAAGUUCUUGUGAACUUCAUUUAAUCAAAUUUCAGGUCCGCCCUAGAGAGAGAAACAAGAUAGAUGGAGAGAGAACGUGUUGUAAAGCGAAGGAUCUGACACACAAGGGGAAGAGCAGUGAGCUAUCAUGCUCUACAGCCUGCAUUUCUACUUCUCUGUCUCCUUUUCUUCUCUAAGAUCUGUUUCUUAGAUUCGGAGAUUUUUCUGUUUGUUUCUUGUUAAAGUCCCCAAUAAAAGUCCAAAUUCCGAGUCUUUGACAGGAAUUAUUAGGACCCAUUUUCUCUUCCUGUCUUUAUAGCUGGUGAAGGGUUGGGAUAGUCAUUUUUUUUUGUGUGAUUUUUUUACUUUUUAGGUUAGUGGAUUGUUAAAUUUUGAACUUUUUUUUUAUGAUUUAAACAUUUGGAAAUUUGGUGAAUGGGUGAGGUUAAAGGGUUGUUUCUGUUGCAGAGUUUGUGUGAAAAAGUCCUGAUCUUUGCUGAUCGGUGAAGAUGAAGAUGAAGAUGAAAAGUGGAAGAAUGGAUAUUUGAUUGUGGUAUAAAAGCUGUGCACGCGUGCCAUGAUAAAAUGUCAUUCCGAAGUAUAGUUCGUGACAUGAGGGAUGGGUUUGGGAGUUUGUCAAGGCGGAGUUUUGAGGUGAGGCUGCCAGGUCAUCUCAGAGGGAAAUCUCAUGGCUCAGCUUGUGAGUUGCAAGACCAGCCCGUGGUCAUCCAGAAUAGUCGUUGGGCUGGUCUUCCUCCUGAGUUACUACAGGAUGUGAUCAAGAGGUUGGAGGCUAGCGAGAGCACAUGGCCAUCUCGCAAGCAUGUUGUUGCUUGUGCUUCCGUGUGCAGGGCUUGGAGGGAAAUGUGUAAAGAAAUUGUUAGAAGUCCAGAGUUCAGUGGGAAGAUCACUUUCCCAGUUUCCCUAAAGCAGCCAGGGUCCAGGGAUGGAACUAUCCAGUGCUUCAUAAAGAGGGACAAAUCAAACUUAACUUACCAUCUUUUCCUUUGCCUUAGCCCUGCUUUGCUUGUUGAAAAUGGGAAAUUUCUUCUGUCUGCAAAACGCACACGGAGAACUACAUGCACGGAGUAUGUUAUCUCCAUGGAUGCAGAUAAUGUAUCAAGAUCAAGUAGCACAUAUAUUGGAAAACUGAGGUCAAAUUUUUUGGGUACAAAGUUCAUAAUUUAUGACACGCAGCCUCCAUACAACAAUGCUCAGCUUGCACCACCUGGUCGAAGCCGCAGGUUCUACUCAAAGAAAGUUUCUCCAAAGGUCCCUACAGGCAGCUAUAACAUUGCUCAGGUUACAUAUGAGCUGAAUGUGCUUGGCACCAGGGGUCCACGUAGGAUGCACUGCACCAUGCACUCAAUCCCUGCCUUGUCCCUUGAGCCAGGUGGUUCUGUCCCAGGCCAGCCUGAGCUCCUCCCACGCUGCCUUGAAGACUCUUUUAGGAGCAUUUCCUUUUCUAAAUCAAUUGACAAUUCAACUGAGUUUAGCAGUUCACGUUUUUCUGACAUUGUUGGUCCUCGAGAAGAAGAUGAAGAGGGAAAGGAGAGACCACUUGUUCUCCGAAACAAGGCACCAAGAUGGCACGAACAGUUGCAGUGUUGGUGCCUGAAUUUCCGUGGGAGAGUGACAGUUGCCUCAGUCAAGAAUUUCCAGCUUAUCGCCGCAACACAACCUGCUGCUGGUGCACCAACACCAUCACAGCCUGCUCAGUCUGAUCAUGACAAGAUCAUUCUUCAAUUUGGCAAGGUUGGCAAGGAUAUGUUCACCAUGGAUUACCGGUAUCCUUUGUCAGCAUUUCAGGCUUUUGCAAUCUGCUUGAGCAGCUUUGACACUAAAUUGGCUUGUGAAUAAAAAAAGAAAAUGGUAUCAACUAUAGAACAUUUAAUUGGUAAGGUAUCUCUUUUACGGCUUUCUAGGAUGGUGGCUGUAGUUGUUGUAUGCAGUCACUGUACACAAGUCCUAGUCGACUGGAAAGUGCAGAACGUCUGCUCUCAUUGGAGGGGUCUUUCCUUUGUCACCCUUCUCUUUGUUUCAGUUGGAUUGGUCUGCUUUGAAUGAUUCCAUCAUGUUUCUGUCUGCUAUUGUUAAACUCUGUUGUAAUAUGACAAAAAAAUAUGUUUGAACAUGUCUAAUCAUCAAGGAAUUCGACUA